GAUACUACACACUACAACUAAAACCCAAUGUUAACCUCUCUUGAAAACUCUUCAUCCUGGUUCUUCCUCCCAUUAAUGGUUGCUUUCACCCUCUUUGUUUUGUGUUCUGUCCACAAUCUUUUAUCCAAAUGGAAUAAUAGCUCCAACACUGCAAUACCCAAGAAAACCACACCACCAUCUCCUCCAAAGCUUCCUAUAAUAGGAAACCUCCAUCAACUUGGCACACUCACACACCGCACUCUCCAAUCCUUAGCUCAAACCUAUGGUCCUUUGAUGCUACUUCACUUUGGAAAAAUGCCAGUUCUUGUUGUCUCAACUGCUGAGGCUGCACGUGAGGUUAUGAAAACACAUGACCUCGUUUUCUCCAACAGACCACAUCGUAAGAUGUUUGAUAUCCUCUUGUAUGGUUCCAAAGAUGUGGCAUCUUCUCCAUAUGGCAACUAUUGGAGGCAGAUAAGGAGUAUAUGUGUCUUGCAUCUUCUCAGUGCCAAAAAGGUUCAAUCUUUUGGUGCAGUGAGAGAAGAAGAAAUCUCCAUAAUGAUGGAGAAGAUUAGGCAGUGUUGUUCUUCCUUGAUGCCUGUGAAUUUAUCUGAUUUAUUUUCUACACUCAGCAAUGACAUAGUGUGUAGAGUUGCUCUUGGAAGGAGAUACAGUGGAGAAGGAGGAAGUAACCUUCGUGAGCCAAUGAACGAGAUGAUGGAGCUAUUGGGAUCUUCAGUUAUAGGGGACUUUAUACCUUGGCUUGAAUGGUUGGGAAGAGUUAAUGGGAUAUGUGGUAGGGCUGAGAGGGUGUUUAAACAGCUUGAUGAGUUUUUUGAUGAAGUUGUUGAUGAGCAUGUUAAUAAGAGAGACCAUGAUGAUGAUGUUGAUGGUGAAGCCCAAAAUGAUUUUGUGGACAUUUUGUUGUCGAUCCAAAGGACAAACGCAGUAGGAUUUGAGAUUGAUAGAACAACUAUAAAGGCUUUGAUCCUGGAUAUGUUUGUUGCAGGUACUGAAACUACCACCUCAAUCUUAGGGUGGGUGGUGACGGAACUCUUAAGGCACCCAAUUGUGAUGCAGAAGCUACAAGCUGAGGUAAGGAAUGUGGUUGGUGAUAGAACUCCCAUAACUGAGGAGGAUUUGAGUAGCAUGCAUUACUUGAAGGCAGUGAUUAAAGAAACUUUCCGUUUACACCCGCCAGUUCCUUUAUUGCUUCCAAGGGAAUCCAUGCAAGAUACCAAAGUGAUGGGCUAUGACAUUGGAACUGGCACACAAAUAAUAGUUAAUGCUUGGGCAAUUGCAAGAGAUCCUUCAUAUUGGGACCAACCUGAAGAUUUUCAGCCCGAAAGGUUCUUAAAUAGUUCAAUAGAUGUUAAAGGACAUGAUUUUCAACUGAUCCCAUUUGGAGCAGGAAGGAGGAGUUGCCCAGGAUUAAUAUUUUCCAUGGCUAUGAUUGAGAAGUUACUAGCAAACCUUGUUCACAAAUUUAAUUGGAAAAUACCUAGUGGAGUGGUGGGAGAGCAGACAAUGGACAUGACUGAAGCUACUGGGAUAACCAGUCAAAGAAAAUUCCCUCUUGUGGCAGUUUCAUCUAUCCCUAGCUACAUACAUAUGAAGUGAAUAAUUAAAUGAUAAAAAUAAUAAGUUGGAAGGUAAAUAUGGGACUAUAAUCUUAAUAUAUAAUGUAUUAUCAAAAUAAUCUAUGGCCGAUGGUGCUUUCAUAGUAAUCUAUUUUUAAUUAUAAUGAUUGUUGGAUAAAUGUAUUGAUUGUUCUAUUUAGUUAUGGUUAUUCAGUUAAAGCUA